AUGACUACAAUUUUAGUUACAGGUGGCGCUGGAUAUAUCGGAUCACAUACAGUUAUUGAGCUAAUUAACAGUGGCUUUAGAGUGAUUGUGGUUGAUAAUCUUGUGAAUGCAUCCUAUGAUUCAGUCUCACGUGUGGAGUACAUUGUCAAGAAAAAGGUUAUAUUUUAUGAAAUCGAUCUUAGAGACUCAGAAAAGCUUUCAAAGGUUUUUGAUAAAUAUAAAAUUGAUGCAGUGAUUCAUUUUGCCGGUCUCAAGGCUGUGGGUGAGUCAACCAAGAUUCCUCUUGAGUAUUUUGAUAACAAUGUUGGUGGUACAAUUUCUCUUCUCAAGGUGAUGAAACAACAUGAUGUCAAAAAUAUUGUUUUCUCAUCAUCUGCUACUGUUUAUGGCGAUGCUACUCGCUUUAAGGAUAUGAUUCCAAUCCCAGAAAAGUGUCCAACGGGUCCAACGAAUCCUUAUGGACAUACAAAGUUGGUCAUAGAAGGGAUUAUGCGUGAUAUAUAUGCUAGCGAUAAUAAAUGGAGAAUCGCCUUGCUUAGAUAUUUCAAUCCAAUUGGAGCCCAUCAAUCAGGAUUAAUUGGUGAAGAUCCAACCGGAAUUCCAAACAAUUUACUUCCAUUCUUAGCUCAGGUUGCCAUUGGUCGCAGGCAGAAGUUGAAUGUUUUUGGAAAUGACUAUGAUUCUCAUGAUGGAACACCAAUUAGAGACUACAUUCAUGUGGUGGAUUUGGCCAAGGGACAUAUUGCUGCACUCUCAUAUUUGGCAAAUCUGAAACCUAAGGAGGGAAUCUGCAGAGAGUGGAACUUGGGUACCGGUAAAGGCUCAACUGUUUUUGAUAUUUAUCACUCAUUUUGCAAGGCUGUGGGUCACGAUCUCCCAUACGAAAUUGUUGGCCGUCGGAGUGGUGAUGUUCUUAACCUUACUGCCUGUGUUACUCGUGCCAAUGAAGAGUUAAAAUGGAAAGCUAAGCUUACAGUUGAUGAUGCAUGCCGCGAUCUUUGGAAUUGGACCACAAAGAAUCCACAAGGCUUUGCUACACCUCAUUAUCAUAUCGCAGAUCAUUUGUACGGAGAACAACGAAUUCACGACGUAAUAUUUGAGAAUUUCAAGUUCUCCGUUGCCAACGUUGGUGCGACGAUCGUCGACGUUGAAGUCAAUGGCCAUCCUGUGGUUUGCAAUUUUCAAAGGCUUUCCGACUAUGCAGCGAAAGAAAAUCCUUACUUUGGUGCCACCAUUGGUCGUGUGGCAAACAGACUUCCGGGGGCAAAAAUUGUGAUAGAAGGUCAUACGUAUGAUAUUGAUGCCAAUGAGGGUAAGAAUUCUUUACAUGGAGGCUCACAUGGCUUCAACAGCAAAUACUUCUUUGGUCCUGUUACCUCUUAUGACUCAAAAGCUGAGACUGUCAUACUCAAAUUUGUUGACUUUGAUUCAGAUGGAUCAAAUGGAUAUCCUGGAGAUUUGAACACAUAUGUUUCCUAUAUUGUCACACCGCAUUCAUACAAGAUUGAGUACGAAAGUUCGUUAGAUUCUUCCAGUAAAUCUCCGGUUACUGUGGUUAACUUGACGAAUCAUUCGUACUUCCAUCUCUCAGAUGAAUCUAAUAUCAAUGAGACCGAUUUUAAGCUAUACACAAAUAAAUGUAUAGACACUGAUACUUCACUUCUUCCCACUGGAACUAUCUCUAAAUUAACGCAACCAAAAGUUAUGGAAAAGUUUAGACUUGGAUCGAAUGCUUUUGAUAAUUGUUUUGUUUUGAGCGAUGAUGUUGAAUCUCUUGACACUCGCAAAUUAAAGGCUAAAAAGGCUUUGGAGGUAUCAAAUUCAAAGUCAAAUUUGCAAUUGAAGGUUUAUACAACUGAGCCAGCAUUUCAACUUUAUACUGGAGAUGAAAUAGCGGUGAAAAAUUAUGGCAAACGUUCGGGAUUUGCAGUUGAGACUUCAAGAUUUCUAGGUGCAGCAACAUUCGAAAAAUGGCAAAGGCAGGUCAUCCUCCACAAGGGUGAUUUGUAUGGUGCAUCCACUACUUACGUAUUUAGCUCUCUUGAUCAUUAG